UGUGGCCUGGGGCCAAGGGCGUACAGUGCGGAGGGUGAUGGGAGCUGCCUGUGCCUUAGGAAACACUUUUUAGGCGCUUGUUUUGUACUAUCACUGGAACGUACAGCGGCAACACUCCCAGUUUCACAACCAGCGUGAGUCAGCUGGACCGGCAGCAGGACAGUGAGGGGAAGGUGGAUGAGGAGGGCUCGUCAAUCCCCGGGGCAGGCAUGACAGAGAGGUGACUAGAGAACCCUAGAUGCGGUUCCUGCCCCCUCAGGACAGGUGAGCGCCAAGCCAGGCUGGCCGCUGGGUGGAGCUGCAUGAACCACCCUCCAGGGCACCCUGUCGCCAGUGCACAGAUUUUGUCUAGGUAUUGGCAGCCACCUGUGCCCUUGCCAAUGAAGUAUAUCCUGGUCACUGGUGGGGUCAUCUCAGGUAUUGGUAAAGGGGUUAUCGCCAGCAGCAUUGGAACCAUUCUCAAGUCAUGUGGACUCCGAGUUACUGCCAUCAAAAUUGAUCCCUAUAUUAACAUCGAUGCUGGAACUUUCUCACCUUAUGAACAUGGUGAAGUAUUUGUUUUAAAUGAUGGUGGAGAAGUUGAUUUGGACCUUGGAAACUAUGAAAGAUUCUUGGACAUUAAUCUUUAUAAAGACAACAACAUCACCACUGGGAAGAUAUAUCAGCAUGUGAUCAAUAAGGAGAGGCGUGGUGAUUACCUGGGGAAAACUGUUCAAGUUGUUCCUCAUAUUACUGAUGCUAUCCAGGAGUGGGUUAUGAAGCAAGCCAAGGUGCCCGUGGACGGGAAUGAGAAAGCUCCCCAGAUAUGUGUUAUUGAGCUGGGAGGCACCAUUGGAGACAUUGAAGGAAUGGCAUUUGUCGAAGCAUUUCGUCAAUUUCAGUUUAAAGCAAAAAAAGAGAAUUUCUAUAAUAUUCAUGUCAGCCUUGUACCACAGCCCAGUGCUACUGGAGAACAAAAAUCCAAACCCACACAGAACAGUGUCCGCGCCCUGAGGGGGUUGGGCUUGUCUCCGGAUCUGAUUGUCUGCCGUAGUUCAAAACCCAUUGAGAUGGCUGUGAAAGAGAAGAUUUCUAUGUUUUGUCACGUGGAUCCUGAACAGGUCAUCUGUAUCCAUGAUGUUUCUUCCAUCUACCAAGUGCCUAUCCUUUUGGAAGAGCAAGGAAUGAUUAAAUAUUUUAAAGAGAGGUUGGACCUGCCCAUCAGUGAUUCAAACAAUUUGCUUUUCAAGUGGAAAGCCAUGGCUGACAGGUAUGAAGGAUUGCAGAAAAUAUGCUCCAUUGCCCUGGUUGGUAAAUACACCAAACUCAGGGACUGCUAUGCUUCUGUGUUCAAGGCACUGGAACAUUCCGCCUUGGCCAUCAAUCACAAGUUGAAUCUGAUGUACAUAGACUCCAUCGAUCUGGAGCCAAUCACCAAAGCCGAGGAUCCUAUGAAAUUCCAUGAAGCUUGGCAGAAGCUGUGCUUAGCUGAUGGUAUUCUUGUGCCUGGAGGCUUUGGAAUGCGAGGAACACUGGGAAAACUGCAGGCAAUUUCUUGGGCAAGGACAAAGAAGAUUCCAUUUCUGGGAAUUUGCCUUGGGAUGCAACUGGCAGUGAUUGAGUUUGCAAGAAACUGUCUGAACUUGAAAGAUGCUAAUUCUACAGAAUUUGAUCCAGACACUCCAGUCCCAUUGGUAAUUGACAUGCCUGAACACAACCCUGGUGACAUGGGAGGAACAAUGCGACUGGGAUUAAGACGGACCAUUUUUACAACUGAAAAUUCCAUACUGAGGAAGCUUUAUGGUGAUGUUCCUUAUGUAGAAGAAAGACACCGACACCGUUAUGAGGUGAACCCUAAACUGAUCAACCAAUUUGAGAAGAAAGACCUUUGUUUUGUCGGUCGCGAUGUAGAUGGGAAGAGGAUGGAAAUUAUUGAAUUGUCAAAUCAUCCAUAUUUCGUUGGUGUCCAGUUUCAUCCUGAGUUUACUUCUAGACCAAUGAAGCCUUCCCCUCCAUACCUAGGACUCUUACUUGCCGCUACUGGGAACCUAGAUAACCAUCUUCAACACAUCAGCAGACUCUUGCUCAGGCCUGUCCCUCCCAUCCACCCACCAUCUCUCUCUCUUCUCUCUUUAUGCAAUUUGGAAUGGAUCAGAGGUGAAACACUGGAGGGCAAUGCUGAGCAAAUUGCAGAUGCCACAGGAAGAAUUGAGGCUUUGCUAGGUUUUCCUUGUCUCCUCAUCCUUCUAACUCUGAUGGACCAGACUGACUCCAUCUUAAGGAUAGAAGCCAUUUUGUAAUAAGGUCAGAACAAGUUCAUUUCUGUUUGCUGCCAAAUUCAAGCUUGACUGUGCUUUAACCUGUUCCUGGAAUUUGACAUGCUCCCCACCCUCUGGAGUUUGACUCACACCUUGAAUAUAGCCUGAUAAGAUAUUCUGCCAAAUAAAUUUGAAAUGCUCAUCCAACUUUCUAUGUCACCUCUGAAAAUCUCCCAAACCUUGGAAACCCCCAUAGCCUUGCAGUUUUGGAGGACUGUAUAAACCCUACCUUUUCCUAUAUUGAAUGCUGUUUUCUCAAACCCUACAAUAGGUAGAUAGCCCUGUGUGACACACAAUAAAGCUUGUUCAAUUUGACCAAAGAA